GAUAAUAAGUUUCUGGAAUAAUUUACAUCAUUUUUACGGGAUAAAUAUAUUUUUGGAAAAAGAAAAGCAUAGAUACCUAAAUCAUCAAAAUGAUCAAUUUUGAAUUUUCAAAAAUCAGUGAUGAAUUUUUCUUUUCAAAUAUAAAAAACUCAAUUUAAUUUUUAGAAGUAUCGUCAAUUCAUUAAGCAUGAAUUGAAAAAAAAACACGAUAAAUUUCUCAAUAUGAUGGUAAUUUUGUAAUUUACGCAACAAUUAACCGGUAAUUUUGAAAUUUAUUCUCAACAGUAGUCAAAAGAUCAAAUUUAGCAACCAUUAGUUUUUUACAAUAAACGUGCUUCUUAUGUUUACGUUACGAUUUGGAAAUGAUAAGAUGAAAUCUGAAAGUUCAAGAUAUUUCAUCAUUUCAACGAACAUUUUGCAAUAUUACAAGAUGAAUUUCCAAUUAUCCAACAAACAGUGAUUUUUUUCACAUUCGAUGCGGAAUAGUUCAAAAUUCCUAAUAAUAAACAUACUUAUCUGUCUGUUAUUGGUAGUAUCAUGUAAGUAAUUUGUUUACGUACAAUACUUGAAAAAAGUAACCAAAAUUUACAUUUUUCUCACUCGAUGCGAUUCUCAGUUGUAGCUUUCUGCUACAUAAAAGACAAGAUUUGGCGCGAGAAGCAGAUCAGAAUAGCUCGAGAAAAAUGCAACGAGUAUGUGAAAUACGCCUGCGAUCAUCAAAAUGAGAUAAUUUCUAACAAGACGAGUGCAAUAAUCCUAGGACAAGAUGUUCCUAUUACGAUAUUUCCUCAUAUGGCAUUGGUACAAAUUUGGCCAGAAAAAAAUAAAAGAAAAGUGAGUUCGUGUGGUGGUUCACUCAUCAGCGAAUAUUUCGUGUUAAGUGCAGCUCAUUGCAUAUACCACGUCAAAAAUUAUCAAAUUGCUAUUAAAUUAGGAUCUGCGACUCGUUUCGCUGACGAUACUGGCCAAUGGUUUAGAGCGAGUGAAAUCUACGUGCAUCCAGAGUACAGUGAUUAUUCCGGAGUCAACGAUGUGCUUCUGAUAAAACUCGAUCGAAAAGUGAAUUUCAGCAGGAAUGCUAGACCAAUUUGUUUGAAUACGAAAUUCAAUAUUGAAUUGUACGAUCUUGUCAUAGCGACUGGGUGGGGUCGGACUGAAUACCAAAAUUAUUCCCCGCGACUUAAAAUGGUCGAAAUAACAUUAUUUCACCCGGAAACGUGCUGUAAAAUAACCAAACACUUCCACAAUCCGAAUAUAAUUUGCGCCGUAGAUCCAAACAGUAGUAAAAGCGUGCAUCAGGGUGAUUCUGGAGGACCAUUACAAGUCAGGUUGGAUACGUGUGCAUAUGUAUAUGAACAAAUCGGCGUUAUUCAUGCUGUCCAGAACUGUGAGAUAAGACUCGAUAAACCAUUGUACAGUCUCUACACAAAAGUAGAACCUUAUGUUCCUUGGAUUGCCAGCAACGUUUGGCCAGACGAGCCUUAGCUUUUUUCAAAAACUGUAGUCCUGGUCCUAAUUGAAUCUAAAUGAAAGCAACUCGUAAAAUAAUGAAACGACCAUCAUGUGAAUUAUUCGGUUGCAGGUGGAUUAGAAUAGGUAGCUUCAAUUCUACCAAACAAUCUUACUCCAGUCGAAAUAUGUAGAUAGGUCUAUGUUACUGUAUAAUAUUUUAAAAUGUAAAAUUUUUUCAUAAUUUUAAAACGCUUUUAGAAUUCUACAAUCAUUUUUCUGUU